ACUAGAAUCUAAGAGUAGUAGCGCGGCGAUGGCGCGGGACGCCAGCUACCAGGGCAACGGGUCGCGUAGUUUUGAUUUGAGCCCUUUGACUGGCGGAUCGCCUUCGUCUCCUACUGGUUUUCUUUUCUUAAUAAGUCUUCUGGUUUCUUCUCCCUCUAUUCUUAAUCCGUCUUCCUGUUUCAACUGUUUUUCCUCAAUUUAUCAUCAAAGCUCACUAAAGAAAACCCGCAAAUUGUAGCUUCGCGCUAGUCGAUCGAUACUGUCUUGUCUUCUCCCGAGUCUGUACUGUUUGAGUGUUUUCAUCAUUUCAUGCUCAGAAAACCCUGGUCUUAAUGCAAUCAAUUCUUGUUCCAGUACUCAAGACCAUGUCUCGCUGAUCAUCUGCGACUGUAUUUCAUUUCUUUUCGCAGUCUCUUCUCCCAUUCCUCGUUGAUCAUCUUUGUGCCUGUAUUUGUAUUUGCCUAUCUUAGUUAGCUGUUCAACCCUUGUCCCUUCUACAGAUAUAAAACAAUUCAAUUUGAUUUUCGAAAUCCCACCAUUUCUAGUCUUAAGAUCUAUUUGCAGUGCCUAUAAUCCUUUCUUCAGCUACUGGAGUCUGGAGAUACUCAUUUUGUUGUUCUUCGUCAGAGACCACCUGACGUUAUUGUUUUGUAUACUACGACACUAGAAGUUCACGAACUAUAGAUCCCAUCCUCUGUUCUGGUGAGUAAUCUCGACUGCGCAUUCUGUUAAUUUGCUAAGCGUUGUGGCCUCGAUUACCAAAAAAAAUUGGAAAAAAGAAAGAGAAAAACACGUACUGGUUCUGGAGCUCAUCAGCUCAUCUCUUUUAGUAGCCAACUGGCAACUGAAUUCUUUAUCCAUCCGUGAAGGAUGAUGAUUUUCAUCUUCUAAGAAGGUAUGGAGGAGGGAAGAUAAAAUACUUAGUUUCCUAAACCCUUCAAUUCUUGCACGAUUACAUCGAGCCUCGCUCCGUAAUAUCUGUUGAAAUGAUGGGUUCUUAGACAUCCAUGUCGAUCCUUUGCGGUCUCCCAAUCCUUGAAUGCGUCUACUGCCUUGCCUGUGCUCGUUGGGCGUGGAAGCGAUGCCUCUACACCGCGGGCCAUGACAGUGAGAAUUGGGGCCUUGCCACCGCCGAGGAAUUUGAACCUGUCCCACGCCUCUGCCGCCUAAUUCUCGCCGUCUAUGAAGAGGACCUCCGGCAUCCGCUCUGGGCUCCCCCUGGUGGGUAUGGCAUCAACCCUGACUGGGUAAUCGUGCGGAGGACUUACAAAGACACCAAUGGCCGUGCCCCACCUUAUGCUAUCUACCUUGAUCAUGAUCACGCGGAUAUUGUCUUAUCCUUCAGGGGCCUUAAUUUGGCGAAGGAGAGCGAUUAUGCAGUUCUGCUCGACAACAAGCUUGGACAGAGGAAAUUUGAUGGUGGCUAUGUCCAUAAUGGACUCUUGAAGGCAGCUGGGUUUGUUCUUGAUGCAGAGUGUGAGCUUCUGAGAGAAUUGGUCGAGAAGUAUUCCAACUAUAAAUUGACGUUCGCUGGACAUUCUUUUGGGUCAGGGGUGGCUGCGUUGUUAGUAAUGGUGGUGGCGCAGAAUCGGGACAGAUUGGGGGACAUAGACAGGAGGAGGAUCAGAUGCUAUGCAAUUGCUCCUGCAAGGUGUGUGUCACUGAAUUUGGCUGUGAGAUAUGCAGAUAUCAUCAACUCUGUUGUGCUCCAGGAUGAUUUCCUACCUCGAACAGCCACACCCUUGGAGGAUAUUUUCAAGUCACUUUUCUGUUUACCAUGCUUGCUAUGCCUAAGAUGCAUGGGAGAUACAUGCAUACCAGAGGAAAAGAUGCUUAAAGAUCCAAGGCGUCUUUAUGCACCUGGUCGCCUUUAUCACAUUGUUGAGAGGAAGCUCUGCAGGUUGGGAAGAUUUCCUCCAGUUGUGAGGACAGCAGUGCCAGUGGAUGGGAGAUUUGAGCGCAUAGUCCUCUCUUGCACUGCCACAUCAGACCAUACAAUCAUUUGGAUAGAAAGAGAAGCUCAGAGGGCACUGAAUUUAAUGCUAGAGAAAGAUCAAGUUAUGGGGAUUCCACCAAAGCAGAAAAUGGAGCGGCAGGAGACUCUUGCAAAGGAACAUACAGAGGAGUACAAGGCUGCACUGCAGAAAGCAGUUACGUUGGCUGUCCCCCAUGCAUACUCUCCUUCUCCUUAUGGAACAUUUGAGGAGCAGGAUGAAUCCAGUGGGACAAGCAGAGAAGCUUCUGUAUUGGGUUCAUCUACAAAAAUCAGGGCGAGGGAAAGCUGGGAUGAAUUGGUUGGGCGUCUUUUUGAGAAGGACGACACUGGCCAGAUGGUGCUCAAGAAAUCACAAAGUGAUGGCCCAUAAUGUGUUUUAAGUUUUAACAGAGAAAGGAAAACAUAAACAGCUUUCAUUUAUUUAUUCUUGUUGGCAUUCUGGAUAUGUUUUUUGUUGUUAGAUGUCAAAAAAUAGAAAAGAUCUGAAGGCCAGUUGUAUCAUUUGUAUGUAAAAUGGAUCUGUUCUGUUUCCAUACGAGGAUGGAAACCAUUGUAAAUUAUAUUCACAUUAGCAUCUUUUUCAUUGUAAUUGGUUUUCAAAAUUUGAGACUCUUAGGUUC